CACUGCUUUCAGGGCCUUUAUUGGCCAGAGCUUUCCCUCCGGUGACAUUAUUCACAUUAGCUGUCUGGCCACUGCUGCUCUUCUCAUACAUUCGCUUGACCGAGGUUCCUUCUUGUUUCUCACAUCUUCCCCAAUGGCUCUUCGCACACCUUUGGCGCACGCCGCGAGGCGUGUCACACCCACAGCGACCGCUACACCCGCUCUUUCGGCAUACAGCGCGCAAUGGAGGCGAGGGAAUGCAUCUGUUGCCCCCGUCACACAGAGCCACGGCUCAAAGAAGGGCACUGCUAUGGUCUUCAUGAAUAUGGGAGGGCCAGCGACAACAGACGAAGUCGGCAGCUUUCUGAGCAGAUUAUUCGCUGAUGGCGAUCUCAUUCCCUUUGGUCGCUUCCAGGAUUACAUUGGACCUCUGAUUGCGCGACGACGAACACCGAAGAUUCAAAAGCAGUACGCCGAGAUUGGCGGCGGGUCUCCUAUCAGGAAAUGGUCGGAAUAUCAGGCAUCAGAGAUGUGCAAGAUUCUUGACCAGACUUCCCCGGACACUGCUCCCCACAAACCAUACGUUGCCUUCCGGUACGCAGACCCCCUGACGGAGGACGUGUACAAGCAGCUGCUUGCCGACGGUUACGGUGGCGGUAAUGGUGGCAGGGCUGUUGCAUUCACCCAGUACCCUCAGUACUCGUGCUCGACCACCGGCUCGUCACUGAAUGAGCUGUGGAAGUGGAGGACGAGACUUGAGGGCAAGAGGGCAACAGGAGAGGUCGACACCAAGGGCGCAAUCAACUGGAGUGUCAUUGACCGCUGGCCGGCGCACCCGGGUCUGGUUGACGCAUUUGCGGAGCUAAUCGAGAAGAAGCUGGCUGAGUACCCGGCCGAGCGAAGAGACAACGUCAUUUUGCUCUUCUCGGCGCACAGCCUGCCCAUGUCUGUCGUAAACCGCGGUGACCCUUACCCGGCUGAGGUUGCAGCCACUGUGUACGCAGUCAUGCAGCGAUUGGGCAUGAAGUACAAGUACCGUCUCGUAUGGCAGUCGCAGGUCGGCCCUCAGCCAUGGCUCGGCGCGCAGACCUCAGACACUGUCAAGAACUUGAUGAAGAAGGGACAGACAGACAUGCUCCUGAUUCCUAUUGCGUUCACCAGCGAUCACAUCGAGACUUUGUACGAAUUGGACAAGGAAGUCAUCGGCGAGGAUGCAGAGGGCCACGAGGGUGUCAAGCGCGUAGACAGCCUGAACGGCAGCCCCACAUUCAUCAAGGCACUCGCGGAUCUCGCAAAGUCGCACUUGCACAGCGGCGAAGCUUGCAGCCCGCAGAUGAUUCUGAGAUGCCCGGGGUGCACGAGUGAGAGGUGUCUUGCGCAGAAGGAGUUCUUUGCUGGGCAGUCUGGGCAGAACAAGCAGGAGGCCGCUGCGGCGUAAACCGGGAAAACACGGAAUGUACAUCUUGUAUGAUAUUGUACGCUAUCUCGCAUAAUAACGACGCGCGGAGCAACCUACGUUGGAA